UUUUUUGUCCUAAUUUCCAUUUAUGUUAGUAUUUAGUAACUCUUCGAAUUCCCUAGUUCUAUUUUUUGUUAAAUUAUAAAUUUCAUAUCUUAAGGCACUAUAAUUUUUAUCUACCUCAUUAUUACCGUGGAUGUGACACGAUGUGGUAAAAUAUUAUCUCGUGACUGUGAAUUUUAUGUUAAAAUGACCAAUUAUAUGGAGUCACGCGGGGUGGAAAAAUGACGGUGACACUAGGAAGAUGUGUAUAAAAAUGUAAUUUUUUUGAAAAAAAUUUCUUUUUGAAUAAAAAAUGGCUGAACACAAACGGAAAAAGAACUCACAAAAUAUUAAGCAUACUAAACAAAAAAAAAUUCGGUCAAAUACGAAAAAAUUAUAUACUGUUAGUAUUGCGCUUCCAGGUUCUAUAAUAGAUAAUGCUCAAUCGAUUGAAUUAAAAACUUAUUUGGCAGGACAGUUGGCCCGAUCAUUUGCCAUCUUUAAUGUAGAUGAAAUAGUAAUAUUCAAUGAAUUAGGAAUGCAAAAAAGUUCUCAAUCUCAAAUUGAUUCGCACACAAAAAAUAAACGAGAAGAAGGAAUAUCUUCAGAUCCAAAUGUAUUUUUGGCUAGAAUAUUGCAAUAUUUAGAAACACCUCAAUAUUUGCGGAAAGAACUUUUUCCCGUACACCAAGAUCUUACAUACGCGGGGUUAUUGAAUCCAUUAGAUUGUCCUCAUCAUGUUCGUAAAGAAGAAAAAAGCCCAUUUCGUGAAGGAGUUAUAAUCAACAAAAAAUCAGGUGGUGAAACAUCCUUAGUAAAUGCUGGACUCUCUAAGCAUGUAAUAAUCGAUAAAUCAAUUAAACCAGGUGUACGUGUAACUUUAGAUAUGGGAAAUUAUGAAACAUCAAAAAACGAUAAUCAAUAUAUAGAAGCUAAAGUCAUAUCACCAAAAGUCCCAAAACAACAUGGGCUGUAUUGGGGUUAUAAUAUUAGAAUAGCAGAUUCUAUAUCAAAAGUGUUUACUGAAUGUUCUUAUCCUGAUGGUUAUGAUGUAGCUAUAGGAACAUCUGAACGCGGAAAAGUUGUUGAUGAUAUAAUAGACGAUUUGCCGGAAUUUAAUCAUUUGCUGAUCGUUUUUGGCGGACUAGGAGGUAUAGAAGCGGCAAUCGACGUUGAUGAAGAUUUAAAAUGUAGUGGUGAAGAAGCUGAUGCAUUAUUUGAUUUGUGGGUAAAUACUUGUCCUAAUCAAGGAAGUAGAACGAUAAGAACAGAAGAAGCCGUGUUGAUCACAAUGUCAGCCUUAAGGGUUGCUAUUAAUAUAAAAGGUAGAAAAGAAAAUUAAUGCAUUUAUAACGAUUUAUCAUGUUAUUAAAAAGAUUUAUGAGAUGAUUCAAAUGAUAUAAAAUCAUCAAAUUUUAAUCACUAGUUAAUAUUUAUUGUAAACUAACUAAAUUCAUAAUUUUUUUAAUUAAAAAUGC